UCCUUCUCAAGAUGGCGGUGGUCGGCGGCGCAGAGACGGGAUCCGGACGAGCCGAGUGAAGAUUGCUUUGAUGGUGAUCAUAGCUUUGAGGACAUAGGACUGGCAGCUGGCCGAAGCCAACGAGAAAAGAAACGUUCUUACAAAGAUUUUUUAAGGGAAGAGGAAGAAAUCGCUGCUCAGGUCAGGAAUUCUUCCAAGAAGAAGUUAAAGGAUAGUGAACUCUUCUUCUUGGGGACGGACACACACAAGAAGAAGAGGAAGCACUCCUCUGAUGAUUACUAUUAUGGAGGAGAGUGGUUCUUGUUCUGAGUGCCGAUAAACCAGUGUGAAGGAGGAGAGGUGGAGGGCUGGUAUUUUGGAGGAUUCAGCAUAGAAGAACAGUCUUCAUUUGUGAUACACAAGACAUUUCAUCUUUGGAAUCGUCACAGAAGAAAAAGAAAAAGUCCAGCCCGCAAUCUGCCGAUACAGCUAUGGACCUAUUGAAGGCUAUCACUUCCCCACUAGCAGCAGGCUCCAAGCCCCCCAGAAAGACAGGGGAGAAGUCUUCUAGUUCUUCAAGCUACUCAGAGAGUAAAAAGGAACACCACAGGAAGAAAGUAAGUGGAAGCAGUGGGGAACUAUCCCUGGAGGAUGGUGGCUCCCACAAAUCAAAAAAAAUGAAACCGCUGUAUGUGAACACAGAGACGCUGACCCUUCGUGAGCCUGAUGGCUUAAAGAUGAAACUUAUUCUCUCACCAAAGGAGAAAGGAAGCAGCUCAGUUGAUGAGGAGCCUUUUCAGUACCCUUCUCAACAAGCGACUGUGAAAAAAUCCUCUAAGAAAUCAACUCGGGAUGAGCAAAGUGCUUUACUCCUAGGACAUGAGUUACAGAGCUUUCUGAAAACGGCCCGGAAGAAGCACAAAGCCUCAUCAGACCCACAUUCAUCUCCUGGCCCUGAAGGCUGUGGAUCUGAUGCCUCCCAGUUCCCAGAAUCUCACAGUACUAACCUUGAUCUUUCGGGGCUUGAACCUAUUCUAGUAGAAUCAGACUCGUCUUCUGGUGGGGAGCUGGAGGCUGGGGAGUUAGUGAUAGAUGAUUCUUACCGGGAAAUCAAGAAGAAAAAGAAGUCAAAGAAGAGCAAAAAAAAGAAGGACAAGGAGAAGCAUAAAGAGAAGCGACACUCCAAGUCCAAAAAAAGUUCAGGACUUCCGGCUGCAGUAGUGGGAGAGGCCACAGUGGCACCUGGCCCUCCUCCUAGCACCCCAUACACUGGAGCAGCUGCCCCACCCCCACCACUUCCAGGCCUCCACACAGAUGGGCAUAGUGAGAAAAAAAAGAAAAAAGAAGAGAAGGACAGAGAGAGAGAUAGAGGAGAAAAGCCAAAAAAGAAGAACAUGUCGGCCUACCAGGUGUUCUGUAAAGAGUAUCGCGUAACCAUUGUGGCUGACCAUCCAGGUAUAGAUUUUGGGGAACUUAGUAAAAAACUGGCUGAGGUGUGGAAGCAAUUGCCAGAAAAGGACAAACUGAUUUGGAAGCAGAAAGCUCAGUAUCUGCAACACAAGCAGAACAAAGCAGAAGCUACAACUGUGAAAAGAAAAGCAUCCAGCUCAGAAGGUUCCAUGAAAGUAAAAGCUUCUUCCCCAGGAGUCCUGUCACCCCAAAAGAAAUCCCCACCCAGCACCAUGUUGUUCCCAACCUCUCCAGCCAAAACCCCUGAGACAGAGCCCAUUGAUGUUGCUGCUCACCUUCAGCUAUUGGGAGAGUCCCUGAGCCUCAUUGGACACCGCCUGCAGGAAACAGAGGGGAUGGUGGCUGUGUCUGGCAGUUUGUCAGUGCUUCUGGAUUCCAUUAUCUGUGCCCUUGGCCCCUUGGCAUGUCUGACCACACAACUACCUGAACUGAAUGGAUGUCCCAAACAGGUCUUGUCAAACACGCUAGACAACAUUGCUUACAUCAUGCCUGGACUCUGACAGCAAAAAAUCCUGGGACAGAAACCUUAUCCUACCCAUUGCUGGUUUGUGUAUAUGUGAUUGUUCCAAAUCCCUUCACUGGCCUCUGGGUGUAGGUUUUAAAUUUAUACACACACACACACACACACACAUAUCUAUAUAUACAUAAUGUACAAUAUAUACAUAAGACUGUAACUACUUUGCUUUUAAUAAUUUUAUGAAAUGGCAAAGGUUUAGCCAGGAGGAAACCUUAGCAUGAAUAUGGGUUGGGGUUCUUUUUUCUCCUGUGGUGGAUAAAUCUGCCUUAAAAAUCAGUGUAAUUUGGGGGCUGGGGACUUGUUCUGGGUGCCAAGUGCAUCUUUUUAUAGACAGCUAAAAUGUAAUUUUUUUUCCAAGCUUAGUGAUACCUCCAGACCCAUCACUGACCAUUUGCCUUACCUGUCUUACCGUCCAAAAUGUAAUAGGAAAGAAAGUUACGGGAAGAUGCCAAUUGACUGAAAGUACAAAGCCUUUCAAUUUGAAGUGACCUAGGCAGGAGGUGAUAAAACCGUUCCUAUCUUGUAGUUAUCAAGAUGGCUUAGGGGACCGAGUAAGGGGUUCAUUCCAAUGCCUGCUAUACAGGUGUCCAUGUCUCAAAAUUUAUUGUAAUUGUUGGUACCAUUGGUGGACCUAGUAGAGGCCAAGUCAUUAUGUGAGUCCUGGCAGCUUUAAACCUUGGAGAGGGUAAAGCUGUCAUCGCUGCCAGUUGAGCUGCAUAUAUUCUGACCUGACCCAGAAUAUUUUAGUCUGCAAAACUAAGAGCUGGUAUCUUUCAUUGGCAGCAUUAAAUUAACCACCUUGUCCUCACAAGUUCUGCUGCGUAGUUGCUUGGUGGUUGUGGAAGAUAAACUUUUCCCAGCAUGACUCUUGGGUUCAUCUUGUUGGUUCCCCUGGUGGGCAGAUGCACAGUGUUCUGCAUUCCACACUUAAGUGAAUUGCAAAAAAAAAGGACUUGAUUCUUAUGUAGGUUUAUUUAUGUGCACGUGUGAAUAUGUGUUUUAAUUAUGUGUAUUUAACUCUUUGAACUCUCUUAGAUUUUAAUUUAUCCUGUAAAUUUUUAUAUAUAUAAUUUAAUAACAAAAGCCUCCACCAGCAUCAGCAUGUGGAAGAUACAGGCUUGUCAUUUGCUCCUUCUUUCUCUUGGUCUGCUGUGAAAAUUCCAGAUCAUACGCAUUUCAAGGCAUUCUGCCUCAGAAAGGAAUCAUUAUGCUGAGAUUCUAAUUCUUUGUAAAGAACUUUAUGGCCUUCAAUAAUGUCAAGAAAGUAAAAUAGAAAGGAAUAUUACCAUUCCCAGCUACCCUUAUUUCCAAAGAACCAGACUUUUGCUUCCCAGUUGGAGAGAAGAAAGUUGAGCACUUCAGGGUUGUUUUAAACUUUGAUGUGAGAUUACCUGCCAAAACCCAGCUGAGGUAACUGUUCUUUCUUCCCCGGCCUGGUCAGAACACUACAGCAUCAGAGGGACUCCUUGGGGACAGGACAGCCAGCCUACAUCCUAUUUAAUUCUUUCCCCUUAUCCCUACCGGUGAUGUCAUAGGCUGUGUUUCUUAAAGGUAUUCUGGCUGCUGAACACCCUUCUUGGCUCAGAGCAGUUUUGAGAUUUAACCACGGAAACAGAGAAGGAAACAGAAAUAUUUGGGAACCAAAAAUCAAGAAGAGCAGAAAUCUAUAAGGGGUUAGACCUUUAUACUACACCUCAUCUAUACCCAUGGAAGUUUCCUGUUUGACACAGGGUAUAUCAAGGAGGGGACUUGAAGACAUGGAUUAGUACAGGAAGAAAUUAAUCCUACCAUUGUCAUUUAUGUACAUUAAUGAAAUCCUGAUGAGGACCUGCUUUUUGUUCAUUUUCUUUUGAAACCCAAUCCUAUUGUAUUUGUAUUUAAAAUUUGUACACAUUUGUAUAAUAAUCUGUACCUUGUGGUAUUUGGUACUAUUAGAGGAAAAACUUUGGAUUCAGACCUCCUUGCAGUUUUUAUAUCAUUGUUUUAUUUUGUUUUUUAAAUAAAUUCUAGUGGUUUGAUCCAAAUCCCAUUACUAUUGUAUAAAGAAAUAAAAUUUUGUACUUAUAUUAUUAAAAAUCACAUUUUUAGUA